GGCUGGUAUGUUGACAGGAAGCGUGUGAGGCGGAAUCACCAGCCCCAGCGCUGUUUGAGCUUGUAGUUCAGCCGGACAAACAGGAUUUCACAGCUGUUCACCCCGUUCGGAGGCGCGUGGACCUGAAUUAUGCGUUUGAAGAUCGAUCCGGAUCAAAGAUGCAAUGGAGGUCAAUAGUAGUUGGUCUGGUCGUGUUGAGACUGUCACUCAGCUGUGUGCUGUGGUUAGCUUUCGGACUCGGUCCUAGCCUUAGCUGGGGGUUCAACUUUCCCCUCGGUUUCAGUUUGCACAAAUUAGACCUGUUAUUUCGAGAGGAAAAAGGGACAGACCCGGGAGGGAACUCGUGGUCUCAACGAAUACAAGGCCCCAAAUAUGAAGAGACGUCGAGCACCUGUGCGACGGUGGGACGAGAGUCUCCGAAGAGAUCCUACCUGAGCUUCUUCGAUGGGAACAAGGACGAGUACGUCCGGAGGUACAGCUCCUUCCCGGAAACACUGAGGGAGAAAAUGAAGGAUAUGGCAAAAGAAAUGUUUUAUUUUGGAUAUGACAAUUACAUGAAACACGCCUUUCCUGAGGACGAGCUGAACCCCAUCGACUGUGAAGGGAGAGGACCUGACGUGCUGAACCCGUGAGUUACAUGCAAAGCUGCUACCUGGACUGGCAAGGCGGUUAUUUACAUGUUAACUGUCCUCUGCAAAGCUGUGAUAUUUCCGCAAAGUUAAUUUGUUUAAAUCACACUGAGAAACUGUUCUGAGAGUAAGGAGAAAUUCAAGCUGUUUGACAAAAGUUUGUAGAUGUUUGCAGACAAAUGAAGACUGAGAAACUUUAGUCGUAGCUAACAUUUAUGACUAUCGACUACAGACUAGGGUUAGGCGAUAUGGGGAAAAGUUUAUCACCGUAUAUUAUUUUUAUAUCAGUCGAUAUCGAUAUAUAUAUCAUGAUAGGCCUGGAUGAUUUGGCAAAAAAAAAAAUGAUCAUGUAUUCGUUCAUAUCGUCCGAUUACGAUUAUUAUCAUGAUUUAUUUUGUCAUAUCGUCUGAUCUGGAUUAUUAUCACAAUUAAUUUUGUCAUAUCUUCCAAUCUCAAUUAUUAUCACGAUUUAUUUUGAAACUGCCAGUAUUCAAGCAUCUGUACUAAAACUAAAGAAACUAGAGCAACUCCCCCUUUCAUUGGCUAUUUGUAUAGUCUACCAAAACAUGGCAGAAUGCCAGCUAUCGAAAAGUAUAUUGACCAUGUUUUAUAUUGAUAUUGAGGGAAAUUAAUUUUCAAAAUAUGUAUCAUUAUUGUUUUAUCGCCCAGCCCUACUACAGGUUAUUAUCACAUCAUCUGAUUAUUUGUUUCUUUAAUACCAAAACAGAACAAUGUUUGUCACUGUUUCCAAAUUGAUAACUUAAGUGUGCCAAAAAGUCUUAAACUUAAAAGUACUUAAUGUAGUGAAAGGCUAAGAAGACAGCAUUUUUUUAGCUUAACAAUUUUUAUUCUAUAAUUUGCACAUUUAUUUUACAAAUGGCUUGAAAUUAACACAGGUUAAAAUGGCAUUGAUUAACUACCUGACCAACAGACUAUUAUAUAUGGAUCAGUCUGAAAAUAUAUUAUAUUCAUCCUAAGAUGUCGAAGAGAAGCAUAUGUGACUCAUAUUUUAUUAACUAAUCUGUACAGUACAACAAGCUGAUAAUUCUUCAGUUUAACUAUUCUUUAUUUUAAUUACUCUCCCAAUCAUGUCCUCAUUUAACCUUAAGUACCUCAAGGAUUACCCACUUUAUGUGAAUAUCUCUUAAUUCAGAAUGGACUGAACUAUUUUAAAUAAAAAAACUAUGACUUUAUUAUACACCAAAUGAUUUAUUAAGAAAAUGCGCUGCAGGCAAGUCAACAUUAUCAAUGAAAAUUAUUGGGUGGGAGGAAAGAUCGAUUUACACAAGUAUUGCGAUUUUUUGUUUUACAAUUUUUGAAUCGAUUUUGACCUUCAAAAAAUGUUUUUGGUCUUUUUUUUUUUUUUUUUCAAAUUUAAGAAUAAAUCUUAAAAACUGACUUACAUGUGAUGUGUGUUUUUUGGGUAAAUUUGGUUCCUGGAACAGUCAGUCGACAAUCAUAAUCAUUCAACUGUUUCACUGGAGUUAAAAAUGCAAACUAAAGAUUGAGAAAAUCAACAAUAUCGUAGAACUGCAUCUGCAUUGAAAAAAUCAUAGAAGAAUUGAUAUUGUCCCAGCCCUAAAAGCAUAUUGUCCCAGCCCUAAAAAUUAACCUGAGUUACAAUACCUAUAUACUGGUACAGAUAUUUUCAGGUGUCCUAGUCUUAUGUCAGACAAGAGGAUAACUAGAUUUAUGUUCUUAUAAAGAAAUGUGGUGUCCCUUAUUGGUCUCAUCAGUUUGCACUCACUGAAUAUUUCUGUUGUUCAUUUUAAAAUGUGCUUUUCUCAUCAGGUUUUUCUUCCUCUUCUGCAAAAGUUUCACUGAGUCUGUUCCACUUCUUUCCCCACAGAUCAAACAUCAACAUAAACGACGUCUUGGGGAAUUAUUCACUCACACUGAUCGACACCCUGGACACCCUGCUGGUAAGUUAUUGUUAGUUGUGGUGCUCAUAUGAUACACAAAGUGCUGCAGAGUUAUCUUUAUCUUAGCUCUUAAAAAUGCAACGUUAAGACUAUAAAUUAGAAAAUCGGCUGGAUUGAUUAAAAUGUUUAUUUUAAUAUUUCAUGUGUGUUUUUGUCAAGUACCUGAAAAGUGCCCUUAAAUUUUGAGAUUGAAAACCAUCCCAUCAGUAUCAUGAGCGGAAAAAUUUAAGUUGUUAUUCAUCUGAACAUCUGUUUUUUAAGAAGCCUUUCUUUUUGGGUCACUGUGGUUCCCAAGCACUUCCUGUGUAGGAGGUUGCAUGAUGCCUGUAACAGUCAAAUCUUGCACCUGAUUUUGGAUUCAGGUGAACAGAGUUUCUGAACCGCCUUUCGAUAGUUUUAUUGUAACCGUGUUAGCCUUGAAACCACAUUUUCAAGUGUCCCGAAUCCUGAGAAUGAAUAAAACACUACAGAUGUACAAAAAGAAACAGUUUUCUGAAUAAUAGUUACCAUCCACAAAUGACAAGAGAAAACAUCUGAGAAAAUGGCUGCAGUUCUUUUCAGCUGAAUAGUUUUGUUUAUACAACAUACAGAGGUUACAUAAUGUAUGUUUCUCUGCAGGUGCUCGGCAAUGUGACGGAGUUCCAGAGAGCCGUCAAGCUUGUUAUAGAUACUGUUUCUUUUGACAAGGACUCAACUGUGCAAGUUUUCGAGGCAAACAUCAGGUACAAAUGUUGCUUCUGUUUGUGGACUCACACUAAAAGGACGGGAGGUUAUUUUAACACCAUGAGUAAUUAGGAGAAAGCCUGAAGUAUAACUGUAUCAAGGGUUGAGAUAAGCACAGAGACACUCAAUGUGUAAAACUUAUUUCUCUCUCUUUGUAGGAUCCUUGGAAGCCUUAUUUCAUCUCACAUCCUGCUGACAGACCCGAAACAUCCAUUUGGUGAUGUGGGAUUUGAAGGUUACGAUAAUGAGCUGCUUCAUUUAGCUCACGACUUGGCCGUUCGCUUACUGCCAGCCUUUGAGAACACCAGCACGGGCAUCCCGUACCCCAGGGUGAGCCUUUAUACUUCAUACCUGAUCGUAAACACAGAGCUCAGCUGUUAUAAAGCAGCUGUUAUGUGAUUUCAUUACUUUCUGUGAGAUUUAAACGCCAUGAAGUAUUUGAUCUCAUGUUAUCUUAAAUCCAGGUUAAUCUAAAGACCGGCGUCCCCCCUGAUAGCAUCAAUGAGACUUGUACAGCAGGAGCAGGGUCCCUGUUGGUGGAGUUUGGGAUUUUGAGCAGGCUGAUUGGUGAUUCCACAUUUGAGUGGGUGGCCAGACGAGCUGUGAGAGCUCUGUGGAACCUGAGGAACAAUGAAACCGGUCUGUUAGGUAAGCUGUGCCGUUGUGAGAAAAAAAAAAUCAAUUUCUAUUUCCUUGAAAACGCUCCAACUUCAUCCAAAAAAUGUUAAUACAAGGCUAUAUUCAACUUACUGUUAUUUCUCGCUUUGAUUCUUUUAGGGAAUGUGGUAAACAUCCAAACAGGCCAGUGGGUGGGCAAGCAGAGUGGUCUGGGAGCUGGUAUGGACUCCUUCUACGAAUACUUGCUCAAAUCAUACAUCCUUUUUGGAGAGAAAGAGGACUACAGGAUGUUCCAAGCGGCUUAUGAGAGCAUUCAGAACCACAUGAGGAGAGGGUGAGUCCUGCACUGAAAGAAUGUAACACUGAAGAUUAUGUGCAUUUUGGCGUAAGACUCAAGGUGUGUUAUCUUUACAUGUGGCUGCGUCUGAAUCCAUUUAAGUUAUGAAGAGGAAUCUGUUGGGGGCGGGACGAGAAAGAGGAGACAAAACUGCAGAAAUUUGUGUCAUAAGAUGCCUCAUGAGUUUUACACUGUGUUAAUUGAACAUAAAAGAACCAUUGACAGGAAAUCUGCGUUUAACACCAAUAAAUUUUCAUCUUUCAAGUUUCUAAUCUGCUAGAAAAGUAACUGAGUAAUACUUAUCUGACAUAUCUGACAUUGUUCUUGAAACAUGUAUGCACCUGGUAGUAGUGUUGGGCGGUAUGAACAAAAUCUUAUAUCAUGGUUUGUUUUUUCCCUCCUGUAAAUUCAAUUAGUGGCCUAAAAAUAACCAUACUGUCUCUUUUGUUCAUUUUCCUUUUAUUUUUAAACUCUGAUCUGUAUACAAAUGCAAAGAAAAUGCCCGACCAGUCUGGCGAUUUUUUUUUUGUCAUAUGGUGUCCCUUUGGCGAAAGACUCUGCCAAGCUCUUUUGUAUGAGAGGAGCUGCUGCAACUUUUGCUGCACUCAUCUUUUGGCUCUUAUAACAAAGCUUGGCGUGUUUCAUCUUUAGGAGGUGGAAGAGGUUGCUGGUGUUUCCUCCUCCAUCAACAACAGCCACACAAACUCUUUGCAUAGUUUUGUUUUUUGAUCAUUGUCGGAUUUUCUAAAUCCGAAGAAUCUCCAGACAACCGAUGUCGCGACUCGCUCCCUUUUUCGAACAAGUUCCUCAUGUUGGGUGGGUUGGGCUGCCUCCGUUUGCUCGGUACUGCCACUAAUCUCCACAUCCAUCAUGACCACCACCAGUGAAGCUGUUUCCUCUUCGUCGAAACUAUGCCAAAAAAAUUUCUGUCAUACCACCCAACACUACCUGGUAGUGUUGGCAGGAAUGGCAUAGACAAAUAGAAAGAGGGAGGUGCACACAGACCAAGAGAUUUAGUGACAGGCUGAUUGGCAGAAAGGAAGUCUAUCAGACAGCAUCAGAAUUCACAACAGACCAAACUUUUACUGUCAGGAGGACGGUUUCGUUACUCUGGAAAGUCAGUAGUGUCUCUAAAGUGGUCCUGUGUCUAUAUUUUUCCAGGAGAGAGUCUUGUAAUGAAGGAGAAGGUGAUCCGCCUCUUUAUGUGAAUGUGAACAUGUUCAGCGGCGAGAUCAUGAACACCUGGAUCGACUCCCUUCAGGCCUUCUUUCCUGGGCUGCAGGUCAGAUUACACACACCCUACUUUGACAGAUCUUGUAAAGACUUGAGUUUAUGGUUUACAAAUGUCACCACUUUGUGUUACAGGUGCUAAACGGGGAUAUAGAUAACGCCAUUUGCCUGCACGCCUUUUACUAUGCCAUCUGGAAGCGCUUCGGGGCUUUGCCAGAGAGAUACAACUGGCAGCUGCAGGCUCCUGAUGUGCUCUUCUACCCUUUAAGACCAGAGCUGGUGGAGUCGACUUAUCUGCUGUAUCAGGUCACAGCUCAGCACCCGCAGAGGAAGUUUGUUCGUGUUAUUAUUAGUUUCUAGACUGACAGUUUUGUUUCUCCUCACAGGCGACCAAAAAUCCCUUCUACUUACAUGUUGGAAUGGAUAUCCUUCAGAGCCUUGAGAAAAAUGCCAAAGUUAGGUGGGCGUCAUUUCAUACAUGUUUUAUUUUUCAGUCUUUUAAAUGCUUUGACACAUCUGCUUUAAUGUGAGCUGUGUGAUUUGCAGAUGUGGGUACGCCACUCUCCACCAUGUGGUGGAAAAAUCCAAAGAAGACCGCAUGGAGAGCUUCUUCCUCAGUGAGACGUGUAAAUACCUUUACUUGGUGAGUAAAAGGGUUGAAGCGAUUUUAUACAAUCCUAGUUCCAAAGAAAGUUUUGGAAGCAGUUUUUAGUCCAUGCGGUGAUUUCCACUCCAGAGUCAUGUGUGAUUUUAUUUUUUAUUGACAUUCAGAAUCAGACAUUCACAAUGUAUACAUCAUGUAAGCGUACUUCUUGCAUCCGUUGUCUGCCCUAAAUGCCAAAACAAAAUUUUUGUUUAUAUCCGAGUAAUGCAAAGAAAAACAAACUACCAUAACAACGAUAACAACAACUAAGUUCAAUAACAAACUAUGAAUCGGUAAGGAGGGAUCUCUCUCAUACAUCAUGGCCACUGGUUUGUGAAAAUAAAAUCUGGCCUAUGAGGCGUGACAUAUUUGACUCAGUUUCACAGAAUUAUGUGAAUUUCUCCGAUUUGUGAUUAACAAAUGCUGUUAUUUUCUCCAUUUUAUAAAUGUCCAUGGUAAAGUCCAUACUUAUAUUAAAGGUUGGUCUCUCCUGUUUUAGCCAUUUUCUGGUAAUACCCUUUUUACAGGCCAUCAGCAAGAUACUUAUUAAAUGUUUAUCUGUUUUCGGCCAUUCCUGAGGUAUGAGUCCAAGAAAACUCCAGUUUCUGACUUCUCUGAAUCUUCACAUUAGAUGAUAAAGUCCCUAAAUUCUUAGAGAUUUUCUGCUGAGCAACAGUUUUCUUACACUGUUAAGCGCUCGUGCAGCUUCUCCCAGAGUGGUGAACCUCAUCCCGUCUUUACUUUUGAGAGACUCAGCCUCUCUAGAAAGAGGCAAACUAACCCAAUUAGUUCACAGAUUUUCCUUCUGGUUGAAUUUUUGUGACAUUACUCAACUUUUUCCAUAUUUUGUUUUCCCUCUCCCACAUUUUUUUGACACAUUUUACUUGAUGGAAAUAUAAAUAAAUGUACAUAUUUUAAUGCAACAAUAAUUAUUUGUCAUCUGAUUUGUUGUUCUUGUACUAUUUUCACUGAAAUGUAGGUUUAAACUAUUUGUACACCAUCAAAAUACUGUAUUUUUUUGUCAAUAUUGUCUUCACUUUUUGAAUUAGGGCCGUACAGGAAACAGUAAAAUUUGUCACAUGUAUUCAUAUGUCUUAAAGUCUUGAUGACUGUAAAAAAGGCGACUGCAAAAGCUUAAAUACUAACUUAGAUUUACAGACUGGAGUUUAUGAAAUGAUACAUGUUUCUAAUUAAAAUUGCUCAAGCUGAGGAAAUUGUUCAUGAUCACAUCUUUAACUUGUAGUUCUUGGUGAAAAACUUCAAACACCAUUAAAAACACUGUCCCAUUUCUGUUGUCAUGAUAACCAGUGGAAAGUAUUUUACUCUUUUUAACCCAGUUUCAGGACACAACUUUGACUCUACUUUAAACUGUCAAAUAAACUAAGUUUUUUUUUGGCUUUACAGCUGUUUGAUGAGGACAACCCGCUCCAUCGAUCAGAUAACAAGUUCAUCUUCACCACAGAGGGCCACAUUGUGCCGAUAGAGAGGCGCUUCAGGGAGAAACAGUGGAACGACUUGUUUCCUUGUGAAGAGGGAGAGCUGGAAGAUAAAGAGCCAAACAACCAGCUUGUUCCCGACAACAACAACAACAACAACACCUAUGUAAGGCUCAGUGCACCUCACUGUUCACUCAGCCUGGGAUAACUCAUGUUAAUAAAGAAUCAAUACGCACAUUUAUUGAUCUUUUUUAUCUUAUUCUGCAGUGCAACAAAAUUCCAGAGGAGCGGCGCUACACGCUACCAUUAAAGAGCAUCUACAUGAGACAGAUUGACCACAUGGUGGGGCUCUUCUGAAAAAGAGAAGAUGCAUGUGGUGAGGCUGGCAUGAACUGGCCUCUCCAGCUCACGCAAAUGCAACCCUCAGGUGUCUUCAAAAGCAUCCACCUUCGAUCAGUCUCCUCAUCCCACCUGUUCUGCUGCUCAGGAUCCAGACAGCAGAGAGCUGACACUAAAACUGAACCUGAGAAAGCAGCUCGGUCUGUGCUGGACUGAUCAAAACUGUGGGUCUGUGUGGGUACUGUUGCUCUGAGCACUAAGUGCCAAAAAGACGAACAAUCUUUCCUCUAGAAAACGAGGCACUAAGUACCCCUACUUCUUUGCUGGUGAGCUUGUUUCAGUCAUUUUAGAUUAACUUAAUGGAGCAAAAAAAAAAACCUCUCUCAAGUGUUGGUCCAGAUACAAGUGUGUGUGUCUGAGCGUGUGUUUGUGUAUGUAUUUGAAAAUACAGCUGAGCUGUGAAUCAUAUUUUAUGUUUAAGGGAACAGCGCCAUCCAGCCACACACAUUUUAAAUGCAUAGCCUUUAAAGACACUCAAGUCUGUAAACAUGCUGAAUAGUGCCUCUCUGCAGUGAUUCAACGUUAAGGGCUGCACACUAACACACAAUAACAGGGAGGUUCAGGAGGACUGUUGCUGUUUUAAAGUGCCUUCAGUUUUUGUUGUUUUUUUUGUCUGGAUGUCUGCAAUGCAUGCUAGUUAUGGAUAACAGUAAUAAUUUGUUUGGGUCAGGGCAUGGUUGAUAUUGCACAAAAGGUAUCAUUCCAUGUCUGUGAUCUGUUUUACACUGAUUAUGACCUCAAGUUAAUUUCUGUAGAAAUGACGAAACAAGCCAUAAAUGUAUUUUUUAUGUAAAUGAGUGAAAAAAUGUUUUUUUUUCAUCACAAUUUCUACAGAGACUGUCCUCCAUGGAGUAUUGUUGUUGAAAUCAUAGAUAGAAAUUGUUCUAUUUUGUUUCUCUUUUCAUAAUUGCACAUCAUUACACCUAAUAAUUGUCAUGUGAUGAGAACUCAGGGUUUAAAUGAAAAACAAAAAUCAGUUAAUGCUUUCAUAAAAAAAUAAAACUGUCUUGAAAUGUUGUUGCCUUUAAUAUCUUGGGACAGUCUUAAGUAUUUACACUGCAAAUCGAACAACUUGUGUAUCUGAGAUCAAAGAAUAACCACUAAAGUAAAGAACAGUCGCACCAGGAUAUAAAUCUGUGUUCGUAACAGGAAAUGUGUAAUCCUAAACUGUGAUAGUUUCUUUUCAAAUGCCAGGAGUGAGCAGAGCUUUAGGAUGAAUCACAUCACUGACAUUUUCUUUUCGGAGGGAAUGUUCAACGUUUUAUAAACAUAAUGUUAAUAUUAAGAACUGCAAUGGUAGCAGUAUCAUGUUUCAUUAUGUUGGCUGCUCUAAAAAUGCAGAUACACUUGUACGCUCUUCUCUGAGUAACAGCAAAAAUGAUUUGACAGAAGUUGAUGACAAACUGAAAAUCUAGCUUAGCUUUGCACAUGAAAAGAGUUUCCUUAAGCAGAUAUCUUAUGACACAGUGUUGAAAUUGGAUGUGGAUUUUAGAGGGAGCAGUUUUGCAUUCUGGACAGAGCAGGUCAGCAGUUUAGUCUCUUUUCUCUGCCUCUGUGCAAAGUUAAACUCCAGAUGUUUGAUAUGUAUUGUACAGAUAUGAAAGUGUUUUUUACUCUCAGACAGUGGUGUCGUCUUUGUUCAAACUAUGCCUUUUACAGAUGUGAAAUCAAGAGCAAAGACAUUUUAAUUUUUAACAGGAUUUUACAACUCCAGAAAAGGACUCUUGAAUAUAUGUGAAUCAUUAAAUCAUGGAUCAUUGAUAAGA